AUGAAUUCCAUCCUGUCCCAUCUCAAGAAGCGCAACCGCCACAACCUCGACACCUUUCGUAAUGCACCCUUGGCGGAGAUAUCGGGCUCGCUCGGCGACCUGGGCACGCUGCUGCCGCUCAUGAUUGCACUCGCCAUCCAAGGCUCCAUUUUCCUCGACGCGACGCUGGUCUUCUCCGGCGUCUUCAACAUCAUCUCCGGUGUCGUCUUUGGCAUCCCCCUGCCCGUGCAGCCCAUGAAGGCGAUUGCAUCCGCGGCGAUUGCGCACCGGGGCGACUCAUCCAUAGAGGGUGUAGCGGGCGCCGGUCUCUGGGUCGGCGCGGCCAUCUUUGUCAUGUCCGUCACCGGCUUGCUACGUUGGGCGGUCAAGGUCGUCCCCAUCCCCGUUGUCAAGGGCAUUCAGCUCGGUGCCGGCCUGUCGCUCAUCAUCGGCGCCGGAUCGUCGCAGCUGCAGCCCCUGGGGUGGCUGCAGCCCAUUCUCGACAACCGAUUAUGGGCCAUCUUUGCCUUUCUGGUUCUCAUCGCAACCCAGCGUCUGCAACGCUUUCCCUACGCGCUGGCGUUCUUCCUCCUAGGCUUGAUUUUUGCCCUCAUUCAGGUUGUUCGAACUCACCAGAGGCUACCUUGGUUUAGCUUGUGGCAGCCCGAGUUCAUUCGGCCGACUAUGAUUGGCCACAAGGACACCUCUCCCAUCUACAUGGCCAUCGGCCAGCUGCCACUUACAACCCUCAACUCGGUGAUUGCGGUAACAGCGCUUGCUGCUGACUUACUUCCAAAUGCUCCCACUCCAUCGGUGACGGCCAUCGGACUCAGCGUGGCCAUGAUGAACCUGACGUGUACCUGGUUUGGUGCCAUGCCUGUAUGCCAUGGAUCGGGUGGGUUGGCAGCCCAAUAUCGCUUUGGUGCGCGCAGCGGCGCCAGCAUUAUAUUCCUGGGAGCUGUAAAAGUUAUUCUGGGCCUCUUCUUCGGAAGCACGCUCAUCGGCCUCUUGGGUCAAUAUCCCAAGAGUUUGUUGGGCAUUAUGGUUCUUGCUGCCGGUCUGGAGCUUGCCAAGGUUGGACACUCACUCAACCAAGGAGCCCGUGAUCUCUGGCAAGACUCUUCCGAGCAGAGUGGAGGCUUAUCUGUCAUCACACGAAAGUUGCGCAGCCCUUCUGAGGAAGAGCGGAUGGAGCGCUGGACUGUCAUGCUUAUGACCACUGCCUGUAUCCUGGCAUUCAAAAACGAUGCUGUUGGGUUUCUCGCGGGGCUGCUGUGCCACUGGGCAUUCCGUUUGUCUGACAGGUUUGUUCGCAAGGUCAAUGAAGUUGUGGGAGCUAGUGAACGCGAUCCGCUACUGCGGUAA